AUAAACAAUUGUUUUAUGUAUUCCUUUGCUUGCCAGAUUACACAACACAAAUGGGCAUGGCCCUUUAUGCAACCUGUAGAUGUAAAAGGUCUUGGUUUACAUGACUACUAUGAGGUUAUUGACAAGCCCAUGGAUUUUAGCACUAUCAAGAAUCAAAUGGAAGCUAAGGAUGGCACUGGAUAUAAGAAUGUCCGCGAAAUAUGUGCUGAUGUGAGGUUGGUUUUCAAGAAUGCAAUGGCAUAUAACAACGAGAGAGAUGAUAUUCAUGUGAUGGCCAAAACCUUGUUGGCUAAAUUUGAGGAGAAGUGGCUUCAACUUUUGCCCAAAGUUAUUGAGGAGGAAACAAGACGCAAAGUGGAGGAAGCUGAAGCCCAAUCAGACAUACAACUUGCUCAGGAGGCUGCUAAGACAAAGAUGGCUAGAGAUGUAAGCAAUGAGCUUUGUGAGAUUGAUAUGCAUUUGGAGGAACUCAGAGAAAUGGUGGUCCAAAAAUGCAGGUUUGUUUCUUAUAGUAAAUUAAAUAACAUAAUUUUCAGACUUCACUUAAGUUGAAUCUUGUGUGUGUAGAUUUGAUCUUGUUGCAUUUGUAAUAAUUUAGGAUUUUUUAUUUGGAAAAAGCCUGGGUCUGGGAACAUUAGAACCCAUAACUAGUUUGAGGCCAUAACAUGCCAUUUUUCGUAGAUUAGGAUGAUCAAGACCUUCCAUUCAAUAAGUCCCACCUUGAAGAUUAACUGAAGAAAGGGUCAAUUUAAAUUCUUCUCCAAAAUGCAUGUUUUUAGAGCAAAUAUUUACACCAUAGUUUUCAAGGUGCCAAGGCAAGGCUAGGCAAUGAGGAGCGCAGCGCACCUUGUAGCCUAGGCAGGCACCUAGGUAAUGGAUUUAUUUUUAAAUAAAAACCACGGAUUCUGGGGUAAUUCCCUAGGUUUCAUGGAAAGUAGCAACUAUCUAUCACAAUUAUAACAUAGAAAAUGUAUAAACUUCAUUUAAAACUUAGGAAAUCAACAUAUUCAUGAAAAGAUGGAUGAAAGAAAAGAAAUAUUUGAAAAUAGAGGGGCUGGGCCUCUAUUUUUGUCCUAAGAAAAGAAAAGAAAGGAUGUGUUGAUUGCUUAUUAGUUCAAGUUUUCAAGUCUUCGUGGGUUAAAGACGGUACACAUCUUGAUUGAACCCUAACAUAAAAGAAAAAUAAUAUAAAGAGAAAACUAGUAUAUAAGUAUAAAAAAAUAUCUUGGCGAUUAAGUGAGAUGACCCUCCAUGAGGGCCUUAUUGCCUAGGCGUCAUUCUACAUGUUAAGCUACUUUGGUAUGACCUGAUUGUCAUAGUUAGGUGGUAUAUCUUAGAGGCAGUCUCUAUUUUAUAUGAUAGUUGGUUCUUGUAUCAUUUGGUGUAGUAAUAGUAGACAUGUUUUUGCUGGUCAUAUGGUUUCUCAUUUGAUUGAUAGCAGCAUGUUUGUGUUUUAUUGAAUGGUUGCAAGAAAUUGUUGUGACUAUGUGAAAUCAUGAAAACCAAAUCACCCAGACAUGCACUCACAGGGUGAUUUGGGUUAUCUUUUGACUUAUAGCAUGUUUGGAUUUUUUUAGAGGCUGCAAGAAAGUGUUAUGGUUAUGUGAAAUCAUCACUCCACAUGUUAGGUUACCUUUGUAUUUCUUGAUAUUCCUAGUAAAGUAGUGGAUCCUAGAGGUAGUCUCCAUUUUAUUUUAUGAUGGUGGACAGUUCAAGUUCAUCAGUUGCUUCUUUCCACCAAGAUUCAAGCCUGUGACUUCAAAUAGCAUAAGCUCUAAGCAGAAAGGGAAACCCUGCCUCUGUGCAUUACCCACCUUCAGCAUUAUUGGAAUUUGGGUUCUUUAACAUUGAAAUUUUGUUUUUUU